AUGGCACCGAAUAGUGACAUUUACCAUCCUCAAGAUGCCCUGAAAGCAGGCGUCAACGGCGCCUUGGUUUCGGGAUCCGUUGGUGCUUUUGCUUCCGCAAUCCAAAAUAGUUUACACAAGAAGAAUAUCGGAGCAUUGGGUUUCAUUACAAGGACAGGAGGCACAGCUUUCAUAUUCAGUAAGCCCGUCAAAUCGACCUUUUCGGACGCUAUCAUGUUGACACUUUUCAGCUGCGUUGGGGGGGACAUAUGAAUUCACAAAAUACGCAUCUGCCAACUUGCGAGAGAAGAACGACACUUACAACACCGCAAUUGGAGGAUUUUUGGCGGGAUCAGUCCUAGGAUUAAGAUGUUAAUUUCACCGAAAUCGUUCGCAGCGAACUGAUGCUAAUUCAUUGAUAGUCGGAACAACCCCUGCAGUGCUUGGAUUUGGAACUUUGGCGGCGGUUGUGCUUAGUGCAUUCGAUUAUACUGGUGGUGCCCUGUCCGGAUACAAGAGAGAUCCAAAUGUGGAUGAAUUUGAGCGAAAGGAGCAUUUGAGAAAAAACCGAAGGAUACCUAUUGAGCAGACGGUAGCAGAAUUGGGCGAAGGAAGAGGUAUGUUUUACCAGCCAUUUUGAAGGACUUUCAACUAAUCACUUCAAGGCAUAUAUGGAGUAGGUUACGACGAGAGAAGAAGGGAGAGGAUCAAGGAAAGAUACGGUAUUGAUGUACCAGCUAGAUCUUAAGGGACCUUGUAUUCAUAGUAUGGAGGCCUCGAACAACAAUGUACAUAUGUUUAGGGCUUGCAAAUCGUUUUAAAAUUAUAGGUUGAAGACCUAUAUUUCAGUUUUAUGAACUGACGGCGACCUCAUGACUUACCCAACUCCGAUCAUAGACAUCUGAAAUGAUAAUCAAAAAGACCUAGAGCACAAGUGAGCAUGUUCGAGGAUCUGCUUUUGGCUGAAAGGAAGCAGCGCAAUUGGCGGGUUAUCUAUCACCAACAGGGAAACUGUAUCAACAU